AUGACCUGGCGUCUUAUCACUUGAUUAUUUUGUCCGUUACAAUUUCUUAACUGUCAACUGACAAAUAAAGUUUAAAAUGUUGAAGUUGUUUAUUUUAGCAAUAGCCACGUCUUGUUUCCAAUAUGGAUCACUGGCAGCUGAUGUUGACCAGCUUCAGCAAGAGGUGAAUAGUUUGAAGUCCCAGAUGGGCCAGGUACAACAAACCUUACAGCAAAUACAAACACAGCUCACGCUUGUUCACUCUACACCGCACGCAAAACCAGUUGCUUUCACUGCACAUCUGUCCAAAACAAUCGUAAGCAUUCAACAACACCAUCAUGUUAGCUUUGACAACGUCAUCACAAAUAUAGGUGGAGCGUAUAAUAAAGAAACUGGUCAUUUUGUGGCACCCGUGUUCGGAACUUACGCCUUUUUUGUUACUGCAACAAAUACACCUGGUCACUCAACAUCAUUGUCUUUGAUGAAAAACGGCCAAAGGCAAUCGGUAACAUUGGCACAUGGAACAGCUUCUACUCCAUCGCAAUGGGAAACCAGCACGAUGUGUGCUAUGUUGUUGCUUAAUGAGGGUGACGAGGUUUGGGUUCAAAAUGAAUCUAAGUUCUCAACAACAGAAGAUCUUGAUGGUCACAAUUAUUCAUCCUACUCUGGUUUUCUUAUACAAGGGUUGUAAAAUACCUUUAACUUUACAAGUAAAGAGAUAUAACAGACAUACAUACCCUUAGUUUAUUUUUUAUCGUGCAAAAGUUUAGGUGAAAAUGUACUUGCUUAAAUUACAUUGCUAAGCUUGUAUAUUAAUUAGCAAUUAACUUUG